GCCCCGCCUUCUUGGAAUUUUCAUAAUUAAAUGAACUUGAGUAGAAGCCAUUUUCUCGGGAGAAGACUGUCGAGGUGGAGAAGGCUGCUCAGGGCGAACGUGUGCCUUCACUGGAAAGUGAUUCUUGACUCUGAGCAUGAAAACGCACAAAUGGACAGUUCUUAGGCCGUCGAGUCCAAGUUGCAGGAGAAAAGGCCUGUGUGGCCUGAGGCCUGGGCGUGAGAGGCGUGGGAUGGCAGUGAGCACUAGCCUGGGGUGUGCCCUGAGACUGUGGGGCCUGCCCCCUGUGCUUUCACAACCCGGGACCUUGUUUGUCAGUCUCGUGUGGUCUAUAAAAAUAAGGAGGACCCUCUCCGUGACAGCAGCAUUGGUGUCACCUGUGCCCUAGGCCUUUAACCCUCACUGGAAGCAUGGCCACCACAGGCCACCUGAGUGGGCUUAGGGUGAGAGGGGUCAGUGGUCACAUGGUUAAUCUUCUGCGGUUUGAAUUUCUGUCAGCUAAUUAGGUAUGACAGGGGACAGUGCCUGCUAGUGUUACAAGCAAAAGGAAUUGUGUCCUGCGGAGACAGGCCCGGCCUGCAUGUGGUACUCCAGGCCAGGAAGUACCUAACUGAGCUCAGGCUCUGGAGUGGGCCCCUGCAACAUCAGGGCUUUCUCACUCCCCAGCCCCUCCAUUGGCCUGCAGCCCCCUUCCUGCCUCUGGGCCCUUCUGAAUCUGAGCCUCUGGUCCAGUUCCACCAGGCUGCACCCCCACAUCCGGACCCGGCGCUCACUCCCUGCCCACCAUCUCCACCACCCCUCCGGAGGCAGCCCCCAUCCCCAGGCUCCACCUGGUCUCCCUCGUCAGCUUGGCCAGCUAUGUCAGAGCCCGUUCUAGAUCUGGCCUCUUGUCCACCAUUUCUCACCAGCUCAUCAACCUAAAUAAGCAGGUGUUCACCCCCUCACUUCCGCGGCUCCAGGACAGCGCCAGCCUGCAUCCCCCUGCUAUCCUCGCUAGUUCUCACUUCCCAGCCUUUGCAGGGGCUGUGCCCUAUACACGAGUACCCUGCCACGGGUUCACGGCACCGGCUUGCGGAGGCCCACGUAGCGCCCUUCUCUUCUUGCUGCUUGUUCCUUGCUUUUCCAGGACUUAGCACAGUUCCUAAUGACAGCCUCUCCGUGACUCCCCUCUACCACUCACCUCGCAGCCCUGCAGGGUGCCCUCCCCCCUGUUCUCCCUGCUGCCGAUGGGGGGCGGGGGACGGCGAGCACACAGUCGGCCUGCAGCCCUCCAGGGCUCCCCACGCGGAAAGGGCCCCAAUCCUCCCGCGUCCACGGGACCCUGCACGACACCUACCCCCACACACUUCGUCCCCUUCUGCCUCCUCCCUUGGCGCUCGCUGCCCCUUGUGCCGGGAUGCUCUUCGUGGGGUCUAUUAAAUGCCCUUCCCGCAGUUUCCCACGCCCCCACCUCUGGGCUGUUUCCCGCGCUCACGGCGAGCCCACUUACUGUCCUUCCCCCUCCUCCCAGGGUGCCCGUUUCCCACGAGCAGGGUCUUGACUGUUGGCUGCGCACAGCAGGUGUUUGGUGGAUGUUGGUUAAGUGACCGAAUGUCUGUUUCCGUGUGGUGUGGGCCAGCAGGCCCCGUCCGUACGCAGCGUCCAGCUCAGGAGUCCCGCAAACAGAGGCGCGCGGCGCACUUUUGCCGAAUGACUAAUGGACUGAGCGCGCAGCUCGAGCCCGGCUUCUGCGGGCCGCCUGUCCCAGCGGGCAGCCGCCGGCGGCCACCGGGCAGCGCCGCCCUCCAUCUUUCCGAAAGCGCCACUCUCCUCCGCACCCCUCGCGCUUGGGGUUCCCAGCCCGCUCUUCCUCCGACCUACCCCUCUCUAGGCUCCCACCUUCUGCUUCCGAGUCCUCAGUUCCGCGAGGCUCCCUCCCCCCGCUCCUGCGAAGUCGCGCAGACCUGCUCGUGGGUCGCCCCCCUCCCCAGGAGUCCCCGCCCCCGCCCCAACCGGCCGAGCGAGCCCUCCCCGCAGUCCCUCCGCGCAGGCGCAGGGAGUCUCGGCGGUGCCUACCCCCCCACAACCCGAGCGGCCGAGGGCGGGGCGCGGGCUGGUCCUGGACGGCCGCGGCUCCAUGGGGCUCUGGGGGCUGCUGAGCCUGCUACACUCGGCCUUCUUCGGGGACCAGGUAGGGCGUAAGGGCGCUCCACGAGCAGGACGCUUGACGGGUCGGGGUCUCGCGUCGUAGCCGCGGAGACCAUUGCCAGGGAAAUUGCCUCAGGCUGCUCGCCUGGCUGGGAGCCCCUCCCCCCGCGUCGCAGCGAACCCCCCCCCCACCCCGGGUCUGCGCAAGCGCGGCCUCAUCGGGCCCAGCUCCCGGUCUCCGAGGGAGACCCCCCCAGGACCCCUCCCCACUGCGCGGGCACAGAGAGCACUGGGGCGGCGGGACCGCGACGGGGGACCGCCCUGCCGAGGGUCCGUCCCAUACAGGAGGGUAGAGGCCGGGCCACGCCCUGCACCUUUUCCAGCCUCGGUUUCCCCUCUGGGCUCCAGGCGGAGGGCCUACUCCGCCUUUCGCCGAGGCUGAGGUUCCUAAAAUGUAUCCCACCGAGGCCCGAGCGCUUUGUGGGCCUCUAAUCGUCCGGAACCCUACGGCUCUAACAUCCCCAACUGAAGAGGAAACUGAGGCUGGGGCGCAGCGGGGAGCCCAAGGUCACGGCCUCGGCAGGGCGGGGGCUAGAGUGUCGGGCGGAGGCAUCGCUAGAGGACCCGGCCCGGAGGCCGACGGGGGAGCUGUCCGCGGUGCUGACGGGACGCUCGCUCGCCCCCUCCCCACCGGGGGAAACUGAGGCCCAGAGCCCUAUCAGGCGACCCACCCCGAUCGGGUUUCAGGGCGCGGCCUCACCACUCCCCCAUCUCCGGUGCCCGUCCUUCCUCACCCGUCAGGGCCCUGCUCCAUCACUGGGCUGGGGUCCCAUCUAGUCGCUUGACAAACCUGGUGCCUUUCUGCUUCCUUCAGCCCUACCCCAGCUGAGUGGCGGGGGGGGGGCACCCCGGGUCCUACCCCCUGCCCCUGGCACCGCGGAGGAUCAGUGAAAAAGGGCGGGGCAUCAAGUGGGAGUUGGCGCUGAGGUCAGGAUCAGAAGACUCAGACACUCUGAGUGACCGUGUUGCAUGGGGGCCAGAUGCUGGGAUGGCAGUGGAGGGGGAGGGACCGGUCUCCGGGUGAGGGUGGAGCUGAGCGAGCCCCAUGGUUCCUCGGCAGCGGUAGGGAGCACAGAAGGUCCCAGGAGGGUCCCUGGGAAGGGUCCCCACACUAGGCCUGGGUGCUGUACAUUGGGGGGAGGUCUCUCAUUCCCCCAAGGCUGGGACUAGGGUCCUGGGGUGCUGUAUUUCCCAAGGUUCUAUGGUUCUCGAAUUUCCAGUGAUGCCUGAGUCUGUGGCUCAAGAAUUUACAGGGUCAGGGAUUGUCGAGGAGGAGGAGGAGCAGGGGCUUCAGAGAUACAAUGUUCCAGAGGCUUGGGGACAAGAGCACCUGGGGGGGUCUCAGUCCCAGGUGCCCUCAGCCCUCCAGAACCCAGGGCUGCUGAGGCUCAUGAGUGAACUCCAGCAGGGCACUCCCUGGCUUAAGCCUCAGUGUCCUCAUAUGUAUGAGGACAUGGCUGGCCUUUAGGCCACUCUAAGAUUUUUGGCUGAGAGGGGCCUGGGAGCCAGUGACCUCUGAGACUGGGUUGGGGAGGUAAGACCUAGUUCUGUGUGGGCAGGGAUUCUCCAACCCACCUCCUAGUCUACAAAACAAGAAACUGGAGGUCAGAGAGAGAGAGGCCCAAGGUCAUGGUGAGGAAUCAAGGUAGAGCUAAUGCUGGGGCCCUGAGCCCUGUCCUUUGCCCACCCCCUCUCUCCUGCACUGUGGCCAGUUCAGCCCAUGACCCCUCCAGGGACUGCCCCUGCUCCAAACCCAUCAUAAGGACCUGACCCAGGCCCAAACCCACAUCCCCCGAGAGGGCACUGAUCCCAGCUCCGGAAACUGCACAUGCUGUUCCUUUAGCCCGGAACGCUGUUCCCCUCCUUGCUUCCAUGUCCAGCUCUUCAUCCUGAAGAGGCCAAGCACCAUGUCCCUUUCUCUGGGCAGCCUUCCCAGCUUCCAGAAAGGUCCCCUUGCCCACUGCACCCUGUCCUCAAGCCCCACGGGCUGGGGACUGCUGUGUCUGGAUCUCGAGGGUCCGCUCAGGGCCCCUGGCAUUGCCAGCCCAGGACGGGCACGGGGGACCUCCUGCAGCAAACCCAACAGAAAACAGUGUGGGCCCCGUGCCCUUGGCUCCCUGUUGUCCCGUCAUUCCCUGCCCCACCCCUAACUGAGGCUGCAGCCGCCUCCCCCAUUUUACCCAGGGGGAAUCAGGUUCUCGGGGCAGACGAUUUGCCCCGGCAUCCCAGCCAGGAAAGACAGAGGCAGCUCCCCUAAACCCCAUCUCCUGGCCCAGAGCCCCCUUUGUCCUCGUGCAUGCAUGUGUCUGAGGCAGGAAGGACUGGCCGCAGCUGCGAGAUCCUGGCUCUGGGUUUUAAACCCUCAGUGGUUCUGGGGACCCAGGGAGGAACUGAGAAAGCCGGGACCCCAGGCCCCUCCCUCUUCGGCCUCCCCUUCUGUGAGGGUGAAAUAGAAGUGUGACAAGAGAGAGAGACACAGGGAGACAGAGAUUGAAAGAGACCGAGCGACAUGCAGGAGGACAGGAGUCACGGCAGAUGCCCACGGAGGAGCUCUGCCAGGGAGACAGAAAUGCCCGGGUCGCAAGUGCUUCUCAGCACGCCCGCCCAUCCCCCAUGCUCAGUCUCUCAUGCCAGCCACGGCCCUCCCUGCUGGCAGGGGCUGGGGGGGUCCAGCCUGGGUCCUCGGCCCUGCGCCGCUCUCACCCAUCUGCACAAGGCCUGGCUGGGUCCGUGGGGAGGGGCUGACCUGGCUCCUGCCCCCCCCCCCAUUCUGAUGUAACAUCCAGGACGGGGUGUUUCACACCCCGGGGGUGUUCUCCGGGUCCGGCUGCAGGAGGUUCUUAAGGCCGCUUUACUCCGGAACGUGUGGGGGACGCGGAGCCCUAGACCACGGGGCGCCCCCUUCCCUCGGAGGGGGUUCACCCCCCUUGGCACACGCAGUCCCUGAACCCGCCCGGAGGCGAGACGUCCCGCUGCCGCCGCUCCCCGCCCUGGGGCCGCCAUUGGCUGUUGCCAUGGCACCAGGCCUUCUUCCCGCUCCGCGAUUGGCCGCGGCGACUGCAUCCCGCAUCCCGCAUCCUCCCCCGCUCGCGGUGGUCUCGCCCAGCCCCAGGAGCGGCGGCGCCGCCUGGCCAGGCCGGGACCGGGCUUUGUCCGCCCCGGAACCCUCUGCCUGCUCCGCCGAGACCCCGGAGACCCGGAACCCACGCCCCGCGGCGCCCCCGCCACCCCAGCCCGAGUGAGAUAAAGCGCUCCAGGAGCUGAAGAUGGCGAGCUCCGUGGCACCCUACGAGCAGCUGGUGCGGCAGGUGGAGGCCUUGAAGGCCGAGAACAGUCAUCUGAGGCAGGAGCUUCGAGACAAUUCCAGCCACCUGUCCAAGCUAGAGACGGAGACGUCCGGCAUGAAGGAGGUCCUGAAGCACUUACAGGGCAAGCUGGAGCAAGAGGCCGGAGUGCUGGUGUCCUUGGGGCAGACAGAUGUGCUGGAGCAGCUGAAAGCCCUACAGAUGGACAUCACCAGCCUGUACAACCUCAAGUUCCAACCCCCGGCCCUAAGCCCCGAGCCCGAGGCGCGGACCCCUGAAGAAAGUCCCGUCCACGGCUCUGAACCCUCUAAGGACAGUUUUGGGGAGCUGAGCAAGGCUACUGUCAGGCUGCUGGAGGAGCUGGACCGGGAACGGUGCUUCCUGUUGAACGAGAUCGAGAAGGAGGAGAAGGAGAAGCUCUGGUACUACUCGCAGCUGCAGGGCCUGUCCAAGCGCCUGGACGAGCUCCCGCACGUGGAGACGCAGUUCUCGAUGCAGAUGGACCUGAUCCGGCAGCAGCUGGAGUUCGAGGCCCAGCACAUCCGCUCGCUGAUGGAGGAGCGCUUCGGCACCUCCGACGAGAUGGUGCAGCGCGCGCAGAUCCGCGCUUCGCGCCUGGAGCAGAUCGAUCAGGAGCUGCUGUCCGCCCAGGACCGCGUGCCGCAGACCGAGCCCCAGGCCCUGCUGGCGGUGAAGUCAGUGCCGGUAGAGGAGGACCCGGAGACUGAGGUCCCCACGCACCCUGACGAUGGUGUCCCUCAGCCGGGCAACAGCAAGGUGGAGGUGGUCUUCUGGUUGCUGUCCAUGCUGGCGACACGGGACCAGGAGGACACAGCCCGCACCCUGCUGGCGAUGUCCAGCUCGCCGGAGAGCUGCGUGGCGAUGCGUCGCUCGGGGUGUCUGCCACUGCUGCUGCAGAUCCUGCAUGGUGCCGAGGCGGGCGCUGGGAGCCCCGGGGCGCCGGGAGCCAAGGAUGCACGCAUGCGCGCCAACGCGGCGCUGCACAACAUAGUCUUCUCGCAGCCGGACCAGGGCCUGGCGCGCAAGGAGAUGCGCGUCCUGCAUGUGUUGGAGCAGAUCCGGGCCUACUGCGAGACCUGCUGGGACUGGCUGCAGGGCAGGGACGGCGCCGAUGGAGGCGGCAACGGCGGUGCCCCCGUCCCCAUUGAGCCUCAGAUCUGCCAGGCCACCUGUGCCGUGAUGAAGCUGUCCUUUGAUGAGGAGUACCGCCGUGCCAUGAACGAGCUGGGUGGGCUGCAGGCCGUCGCGGACUUGCUGCAGGUUGACUACGAGAUGCACAAGAUGACGCGGGACCCGCUCAACCUUGCCCUUCGCCGCUAUGCCGGCAUGACCCUCACCAACCUCACCUUUGGGGACGUCGCCAACAAGGCAACGCUGUGUGCCCGCCGGGGCUGCAUGGAGGCCAUCGUGGCCCAGCUGGCUUCUGAGAGCGAGGAGCUCCACCAGGUGGUGUCCAGCAUCCUGCGCAACCUGUCCUGGAGGGCUGACAUCAACAGCAAGAAGGUGCUGAGGGAGGUCGGCAGCAUGACUGCCCUGAUGCAGUGUGUUCUUCGAGCCUCCAAGGAGUCCACCCUGAAGAGCGUGCUCAGUGCCCUGUGGAACCUGUCAGCACACAGCACGGAGAACAAGGCGGCCAUCUGCCAGGUGGACGGUGCCCUGGGCUUCCUGGUGAGCACACUGACCCACAAGUGCCAGAGCAACUCCCUGGCCAUCAUCGAGAGUGGUGGCGGCAUCCUGCGCAACGUGUCCAGCCUCAUUGCCACCCGGGAGGACUACAGGCAGGUGCUGCGGGACCACAACUGUCUGCAGACGCUGCUCCAGCACCUGACGUCGCACAGCCUGACCAUCGUGAGCAACGCCUGCGGCACGCUCUGGAACCUAUCCGCCCGCAGCCCGCGUGACCAAGAGCUCCUGUGGGACCUGGGAGCCGUGGGCAUGCUGCGCAACCUGGUGCACUCCAAGCACAAGAUGAUCGCCAUGGGCAGCGCCGCCGCCCUGCGUAACCUGCUGGCCCACCGCCCCGCCAAGUACCAGACCACAGCCACGGCCGUCUCCCCUGGCGCAUGCGCUCCCAGCCUGUACGUGCGGAAGCAGCGGGCGCUGGAGGCCGAGCUGGACACGCGGCAUCUGGCGCAGGCGCUCGACCACCUGGAGAAGCAGGGCCUGCCGGAGGCGGAGGCCGACGCAGCCUCCAAGAAGCCCCUGCCGCCCCUGCGGCACCUGGACGGGCUGGCCCGGGACUACGCCUCUGACUCCGGCUGCUUCGAUGACGACGAGGCGCCCUCCCUGGCCGCUGCAGCCACCACCGCGGAGCCUGCCAGCCCCGCGGUGCUGUCACUCUUCCUGGGGAGCCCCUUCCUGCAGGGGCAGGCGCUGGCCCGGGCCCCGCCAGCCCCCCGCAGUGUGCCAGACGCAGAGAAGGAGGCCGGCAGGGAGGUGGCCGUGGCGGCCAGAGCCAAGGCCAAGCUGGCGCUGGCGGUGGCACGUAUCGACAGGCUGGUGGAGGACAUCUCCGCCCUGCACACCUCGUCGGACGACAGCUUCAGCCUCAGCUCUGGGGACCCUGGGCAGGAAGCGCCACGUGAAGGCCGGGCCCAGUCCUGCUCUCCUUGCCGGCGGCCGGAGGUCAGGCGGCCAGAGGCUGGCAGUCGGGCCCACCCACUGGUGCGGCUCAAGGCUGCCCACGCCAGCCUCUCCAAUGACAGCCUCAACAGCGGCAGCACCGGUGACGGACGCUGUCCCCGUGAGCACACACGGUCCUGCCCGCUGGCCGUGCUGGCCGAGCACCGUGAGGGGUCCCCGAGCAGCCAGGUGCGGCCCAGCCAGCUUGACCUCCACCUGCCGGGCAGCCAGGAGCCGGCAUCCCGGGACGGCUCUGCCCCCGACGCCUGUGUGCGCACCAUCAGGCUGUCGCCCACCUACCGGCACGUGCCACUCUUCGAGGGCAACCCCAGGGCGGGCAUGGGGUCCCUGGCCCCCGGAGCCCGGAAGCAGGCCUGGCUGCCCAUGGAUGGCCUGAGCAAGGUGCCGGAGAAGCUGGUGGCAGAGACCGUGCCACUGUGCCUGUCGCGCUGCAGCUCCCUGUCCUCGCUGUCCUCGGCUGGCCGCCCAGGCCCCAGUGAGGCCGGGGACCUGGACAGUGACUCAUCCCUGGAAGGGCUGGAGGAGGCCGGACCCAGCAAGGCUGACCUGGACGGGGCCUGGCUUGGCCCUGGGGCUGCCUCCCUGCCCGUGGCCAUCCCGGCUCCCCAGCGGGGCCGGGGCCUGGGGGUGGAGGACACCACCCCGUCCAGCUCCUCGGAGAACUGCGUGCAGGAGACGCCGCUGGUGCUGAGCCGCUGCAGUUCGGUGAGCUCCCUGAGCAGCUUCGAGAGCCCGUCCAUCGCCAGCUCCGUCCCGAGUGACCCAUGCAGCGGGCUGGGCAGCGGCACGGUCAGCCCCAGCGAGCUGCCCGACAGCCCCGGGCAGACCAUGCCACCCAGCCGCAGCAAGACGCCCCCGCUAGCCCCCGUGCCCCCCGGCGAGCGGGAGAGCACCCAGUUCAGCCUGCAGUGGGAGAGCUACGUGAAGCGCUUCCUGGACAUCGCCGACCGCCGCGAGCGCUGCCGGCUUCCAUCCGAGCUGGACGCGGGCAGCGUGCGCUUCACCGUGGAGAAGCCGGACGAGAACUUCUCCUGCGCCUCCAGCCUCAGCGCGCUGGCCCUGCACGAGCACUACGUGCAAAAGGACGUGGAGCUGCGGCUGCUGCCCCCAGCCUGCCCCGAACGUGGCGGUGGCGGCGGUGGCAGCGGCCCCGGCCUGCACUUUGCAGGGCACCGCCGGCGGGACGAGGCCGGUGGCUGUCUUGAGGGCCCGGCAGCCGCUGACCAGGAACUGGAGCUGCUGCGCGAGUGCCUGGGGGCGGCAGUCCCCGCCCGGCUCCGCAAGGUGGCCUCGGCGCUGGUGCCUGGUCGCCGUGCAUUGCCCGUGCCCGUCUACAUGCUGGUGCCGGCCCCUGCCCGGGCGGAGGACUCCUGCGCUGACUCUGCUGAGGGCACGCCCGUCACCUUCUCUAGUUCCACCUCGCUCAGUGACGAGACACUGCAGGGACCUCCCAGGGACCCACCCAGCGGGCACUCGGACAGGCAGAAGCCUGCGGGUCGCGAGGCCCCGGCCAGGCAGGCCACGGGGCACAGGCACAGGGCGUGGGGUGCGGGCCAGAGCCCAGGGCAGGCCCGGGGCGUGGGCAGGAGCAGGGAGGGGCUGGAGCUUCCCCUCCACCGGCCCUCGAGCGCCUACAAGGACCAGGAUGUCUUUCACCCCAGCCCGGGCCGCGUGGAUGGGGCGCUGCAGUCCCUGUGCCUCACGACGCCCACCGAGGAAGCCGUGUACUGCUUCUAUGACAACGACUCAGACGAGGAGCCCUCCGAGGCGGUGGUGCCCCCGCGGCGGGCAUCUGCCAUCCCCCGGGCGGUAAAGAGAGAGCGCCCAGCUGGCAAGAAGGAGGUGCAGGCCGCACCCAAGGCUACGCCCAAGGCCACGCAAGCUGCCCGUGCCCAGCCCAGCCUCAUUGCCGAUGAGAUGCCACCAUGCUACUCCCUGAGCUCCUCCGCCAGCUCCCUUAGUGAGCCCGACCCCCCUGAGCACCCAGCAGGCCGGCCCCAGGCUCUCGAGCCAGCUGUCAGCAAGGGGCCAGGCGCUGCAGGGGGUUGUCAUGGCCCCCCAAGCCCACGGGUGGAGACAGGGCUGCUCCGGCGCGGUGUCAACUCCACGGUGCCCAGGCGCCGGUUCCAAGCGUCAGGCCUUCGGUGCCGCAAGCCCCAAGCCGCCCAGCCAGACAAGCAGCCUGCAGAGGGGCCCCGGGAGCGCGGGGACGAGGCGGCCAGCUCUGACCAUGCCUCCGACCUUGACAGCGUUGAGUGGCGCGCUAUCCAGGAGGGCGCCAACUCAAUUGUCACGUGGCUGCACCAGGCAGCGGCCGCGGCCACCCACGAGGCCUCAUCUGGGUCUGACUCCAUCCUGUCCGGGUCGGGGCUGUCGGGGAGCUCCACCCUGCAACCCACACUGCACAGGAAGGGACGGCGGCUGCAGGCAGAGGGCCGGGUGGGCAGCACCGCGAGGCCGGAGAAACGGGACUCGGCCCUGGCCCAGCAUAGCACCAGUGGCCCCGAGAAGCUGCGUGGGGCUCAGAAGACCGCGUGCAGGGUGCCAGCCGUGCUCCGGGGAAGGACCGUGAUUUAUGUGCCCAGCCCGGCCCCCCGGGCCCAACCCAAAAGCCACCCUGGCACCCGUGUGGCACCGAGGAAGAUGGGACCCCCGAGUCCUGCGCAGCCAGGAGCCCCCGCCAAGACCCCCAGCCCCGGGCAGCAGCGGUCUCGAAGCCUACACCGGCCGGGCAAGAGCUCGGAGCUGGCGGCGCUGAGCCGUCCGCAGAGGAGCGCCACACCGCCUGCCCGCCUAGCCAAGGCCCCCUCCUCAGGGUCCUCCCCCGCCUCUCCGGCCUCCCAGCCCCCUACAAGGAGGCUGCCCCCAGGCGCCCAGGCAGCAGGGCCUCUCCCCGGCCCCGGGGCAGCUCUGGUGCCCCAAACACCCACGCGGGCCCUGCUGUCUAAGCAGCACAAGACGCAGAAGUCACCUGUGCGGAUCCCCUUCAUGCAGAGGCCAGCCAGGCGGGGGCCGCCAGCCCUGGCCAGGGCAGCCCCGGAGCCGGGUCCCCGGGGUCGGGCGGCAGCGGAGGGAAGCCCUGGCGCCCGAGGGGGCCGCCUGGGCCUCGUGCGUGUGGCCUCUGCCCGCUCCAGCGGCAGCGGGUCAUCCGACCGCUCCGGUUUCCAGCGGCAGCUGACCUUUAUCAAGGAGUCCCCGGGCCUGCGCCGCCGCCACUCGGGACUGUCCACGCCAGAGGCUGCGCCCCCCGCCUCCCAGGGCGGCUCACCCCGCCGCAGUCGACCCGCGCUGCCCGCCGUCUUCCUCUGCUCCUCACGCUGCGACGAGCUGCGGGCAGCCCCCAGGCAGGUUACAGCCCCCCAGCAAGCCCCGGCGGCCAGGCCCAGCGAGCGGCCCGCCCGGCGCCCGAGCUCCGAGAGCCCGUCCCGCCUGCCUGUCCGCACGGCCGCCGCCCCACCCGAGGCGGUCAAGCGGUAUGCCUCCCUGCCGCAUAUCAGCGUGGCCCGCAGGCCCGACGGGGCCGCCCCCGGGCCCAGCGCCGACGCUGCCCGCCGCAGCAGCGAUGGAGAGGCCCGGCCACUGCCGAGGGUGGCGGCACCAGGCACCACGUGGCGUCGCAUCCGGGAUGAGGACGUUCCACACAUCCUGCGGAGCACGCUGCCUGCCACUGCCCUGCCACUGAUGGGCGCCCCGUCCAAGGAGGGCCUCAGCGGCCCCCCACAGCGCAAGACCAGCGACGCCGUGGUCCAGACGGAGGACUUUGCCGCCACUAAGACCAACUCCAGCACAUCUCCGAGUCUGGAAAGCAGGGGGCCCCCCCAGGCCCCAGUCAGCGGCCCCAGCACACUCACCAGCAGCGAUGUGGAUGGGCUUGGCCCCACCAAAGCGCCCACUUCUGCUCCCUUUGUCCAUGAGGGCCUGGGGGUGGCUGCAGGGGGCUUUCCCGCCAGCCGGCAUGGCUCCCCCAGCCGCUCGGCCCGUGUCCCCCCCUUCAACUAUGUGCCCAGCCCCAUGGUGGCAGCCACCACUGACUUGGCCACAGAGAAAGCCCCCACUGCUGCCCCUGCCAGCCUCCUGGAAUAGUGGCCAGCACCGGCCUUCUAGAACAUCCUCUCCUGGCCAAGGGCUGGUCUGGCUGCCUGGAGGGUGGUCCUAGGGUCCAUCUACCCAUCAGAGCCCUUGGAGCCCCACUGCAGCCUGGAUUGGCCUCACAUCUCACGCACAGACGCUUGCUUCGUGCUGUGGGGGCUCUGGAGGGAACGGGUUGCCGGCGCCAUCUCGACCCAGUCUGGUGUGAGCACAGCGAGGCGGUCUGGCCCCAGGCUGGCCUCCACAUGGGGACUACCCUCCCAGCCUGGGCUGCCCUCAGCAGCAACGCUCCAGGGCCCCCCGCUCUGCUGGGCCAAGCCUCAGCAAGACCGUGUCAGGAGCAGCAGGGAGGUGACAGAGUCCGCCCGAGGUGGGGGGCAGGGCUGGGGAGGGUGGCCCCAUCAAGCAAGCGCCUGCCAGCUGGGGGCCUCGGAAUCUGUCCCAGCCUCCACUGGGAUGCAGCCUGUAAUUUUGGGAGGCCCAGUAAUUGGUUAAUGAUGGCUCUGCGGGUUUGUUUGCCUUCUCAGCCCCAGCUGGGGAGCGUGGGGGUAGGGAGUGGCUGAGUCCAACUCAAAGCCCCUGCCCCGCCCUAGACAUUGCCGCUGAGGGGAGUCAGGAGCACCCCAGGGAUGGUGCAUGGAGCAGCCUGGAAGGACAGAGAGAGGCCCGUGCGCGGAAAGCAGAGGCGGGAGCUGUCUCUGGCUUAGAAAGAACCUUGGUUGGGGGGAGGGGGCCCCUGGAGGUGGGCACGGAGCAGCGAGGAGGAGACCCAGGCGACCAUCCAGGAGGGUGUAGGGGAGCUGGGACGCUGCCUGGGUCUGCGAGCACACCCUGUGGGAGGAAGCGUGUGGAGGGACGUCCCUGCGGCAGCCUCGCUUUUCAAUUCCAUUCUCCUUUACGACACAUGAAGCCCUGGGGUCCUCGGGCUCCGUGCCAGGUACACCGUCUUCUCUGGACAGCACAGCAGCGGCGGGAGCCCGGUUUUGCCACUGGAGGACGCUGGCCACCGGGUGCUAGAGUGUCGCUGCCCUGGAGGCAGACAGACUGAGGGACAGUGAGCCUGGAGGCCUCACUUCCCCCUCCCCUGCUAGCCUGCCCAGGGACCUUACGUCUGGGCUUGGUGUCCGCUCCAAGGGCGCCUCCUUGCCCAAAGAGCCAGCGACCUCUUUCCUGCACACGGAGGCUCCAGGGAGAAGCUGCUCCCGGCUCACAGAUCUGCUGUGACAGCCGCCUCGCCAGAGCGCCACUGCCGGCCCGGAGCAGAUGCUGUGAGCCUCUGCGAGCAUCAGUCCCUUCUCUGAAGGGGGAGCACACCGCGAGCCCCUGCCCACAGACACCACAGUCCCUCCCCAUCAUCCAGAAGUUUCCCAUGGGUCACUGUCCUCGAAGGGAACCCUUGUGAGCCGUGCUGAUUCCAGACCCCACGGAUGUCCUGCUGCCGUCAUGCUGCAUCACACCCCCCCGCCCCGCCAAGCACCCAGUCCUGUGCGACAGGAGCCAGGGCGGCAAGCAGUGGAGAUGGCGAUGGUGGCUGAGCCAGAUGCAAACAGCCACAGCCCACCCCUGGGGACACACUGGUGUGUCUGGGACUCUUUUCAGAAAGUGCCAGUCCCUGUCCCCACUGUACCCUGAAGGGCUGGGACUGAGGGUCUUCCAAGUUCCCUUCUGGAUCUGGGGACUGCCAGACAUCACGCUCGCAUCUCCAUAAGACAGGUGCUCCCCACGAUGGCCUGGUGGGAAGACGCGGCAGUGGACCCACCGCCAGCUCGUCCGGCCACAAGGGCCCACAGCUUUGAGCGCCUGUGCACUGUAAGACCCAGGGUAGUGCUUCCGCCGCUCUGUGCCUGUUUCCCCACGUGGGCCGUGGGGAGAACUCCCAGAGCUACCUCUUGGGCGAGUGGAGAGCCCACCAUGCCCGGGGGAGACCCGUGCUUCGGGACGCUCCCUCGAUGCCGCCCUCUGCCUGCCUCUCGGCUGGCACCUGGGCAGCCUGCGCCCGCCCACGCCUGGCAGCCACUUUGCCUCCCCCCACCCACCCCACCCCUGCACAGGGACACAGCCACACCUCAGCAUCCAGCCUGGGCAGGUAGCGGGCGCCCUGGUACAUGCUUCCUGGAGGUGGCAGCAGGUGGCAGUCACCGACAAUCAACCUGAGUCAGGAGCUGAAGGCCUAAGGUCUCAGGACCCAAAGGACCAACACAGCCACCGACCAGGGAGACCGUGAAGGACCCAUGUGCCGCUUCAGCACUCCUGGGGCGAGCCCGAGGAGAAUACCUGGGACCCCCAGCCUGUGACCUUAGGGCCCAGGGCCAGAUGGACACCACCGCUAGCUGGGUGCUGAAUUCAGGGACACCCGCUGGCGCGGCAUUACCUCACCCUUGCUGCCCCUUCUCAUCACCCGGCUGGCGGCCGCACACUCCAGCCCAAGCCUGGCUGUCUGGGUCUGCCCCUUGCCUCUCUGCCCGGUCUGCGCAGCAUACAGGACCCGUGUAAAUACAGCCCUGUCUGCCCCCACGAACCCACUAACCACACCAAACAGCCGUCGUCUGGCGGGAGGAAGCCGUGGAACCAGGCGGCUCACACGCACCUUUAAUAAAAUAAAGCUGUUGAACCACACCAUGGCCUCUGGCUCCCUUCCCGAGGGCAAGCAGAUGGGGGGUGGGAGGGGCCUCCACCCGGGGUCGGUAUGUGGACUGCCGAACGGGCCGCCGCCAGGAGCCAGCAGACGACCACAAGCUUUCAGAAGUCCUCCCUGGACAGGUCCCUGGAGGCAGAGCUGGAGCGU